AUGAUUUAUACUACCUGGCCUUGGGGCGAGGUGCUCGCCGAGGGGGCAUCUUUCUGCCUUGGACUGCUUUCAGACACAGGAGCUCAGACAGGUACUGUGUCAUCUGAACAGGCAUAUGGCUCGUGGCGCAAACGCUUCACGGGGGCUUCUCGCGGUGAUCUCAAUAAGGAGUUUGCCCCCAUCCAUAGCCUUUCACAAGCGAUCACGAGCUCCCUUAAGAUCGCCUUGUUGGCGAAUGACGCUAUAAACCGCUUCCAUCCGCAAAAGAACUACUGCACAGCGGUUAGCACUGCCAAAGGGCUACCAUGGCGAUCCACUCUCGAUCCAUGUUCAGCAGCUGCUUCUGAUUAUGCCUUUCCAUUCAGUGUGCAAAUGAUCUGGUCAAUGGCCAUUCAAGGCAUUGCCAUAGGGCCACUGUACAUAUCAGAGUCUUUUCAAAUGUCUAUGGGGCCAAAGGUAGAAUUCCUCCCUUCAUUCAGCGGUAGGGUUGAGGGGCUGACCCCAAAGGAAUGGCUGCAAAUCAGCUCCAGGUACCAUUAUCUAGAAAGCUCAACCCUGGACCCAUCCUCUCAUCGGGGCCUUGAGUCAGCCUCAGUUCCGCCCUUGCUAUAA